AAAUCUCACUCUGCGAAGGCAGACGGUUGUCUCGGAGUUUUUAUAGUACGAGAGUGCUCAACAGUCUCAUAAACACAGUGAUCAUUCAUCUUGUUUUGCUUCCAUGGCAUCUUGUUUCAAAUGUAGUGGAAUUUAUAUACGAAAUGCUGUGUACUGCGCGAGCAGUAGGAUACAUGAUUCAUGGGGACUGCGAUACAAGACAACAUCUAACCAAUAUGUGUUGCAGAGGACAAGAGAUCCCACAUUUGAAAAAUUAAUGAACAAACACAAAAACCUACUCAAAGUGGUCUUAGUGCAGACAAUUGUAUUAGGUAGCCAGGAAAAAGCUCUUCCCUUUCAGUAUCUCUCCAGAUUGCAGAACAAACUCCGCCUGAAGAGAGGUGCAGGACCAUUCCUGAAAAAGUACCCUCACAUUUUUGAGGUCUACAAGCACCCCACAAAGGGGAAUCUCUGGUUCAGACUUACCCUCAAAGCCAUGGACCUUGUUAAUGCAGAAGACCAAGCAAUCAAAGACGGCCAGCCGCUGGUCAUUGAAAGAUUGAAGAAAUUGCUCCUGAUUUCUACAGAUGGAGUGCUCCCUCUCAAAGCUUUGUUAAAGGUAAGCAGACCUCUUGGCCUGCCCGAUGACUUUGAAGAUUCAAUUAUAACAGAAAACCCACAUUGUUUUCGAUGGAUUAGGGGCACUACUAGAGAUAAUGACAUGGUGGGUCUCGUGUCAAGAGACCCCGAUUUAGCAGUCACAACAGUUGAAAAGUGGAGAAAUUUACAUUACACAAGAGAGGAACUUGAGAAGGAUAAAGAUGUUAGGUUUGCGUUCAAGCACCAGUACCCCCCCGGGUUUAGGAUUAAUAGGGGUUAUAGGGACAAGGUAAAAAAAUGGCAGAGGUUGUCUUAUUGGUCACCUUAUCAGGAUAUUAGUCUGGUUAAAAUUCGUUCCAAGGGUGGGAUUAAGCCUUUGGAAAAGAGGGCAGUUGCUAUUCUCCAUGAAUUUUUGAGUUUGACUGUGGAGAAAAUGGUACAGGUUGAGCAAAUCAGUCAUUUUAGGAAAUCCUUCAAUAUGAAAAUGAAUAUUAGGGAUAUUUUUCUGGAUCAUCCUGGCAUAUUCUAUUUAUGUACUAAGGGGAAUGUUCAUACCAUCUUUCUAAGGGAGGCUUAUCGAAGGGGUAGGUUGAUCGAACGCAAUCCUGUUCAUUUCUUUAGGCAGAAGAUGUUGGAGCUGGUAGAGCUUGGUCGUCAUGUCAUGAACUUGCAGCCUUCUUUCGAUGAAAGUAAAGUAAAUUUGGAGUGGAGUAAGGGAAACAGUGAACAAGCUUCAGUCACGGAGGAGAAAGGAGUGGUGGUGUCAGAUAGCUUAUGUCAGAGUGAAUCUUGGGAUUCAGACCAUGGCAGUUCGAGUGAUUCCUCACAAGAUGGGGAGACUGAAGAAUGGGAUGUCGGGAGUGAUGCAAGUGAUUGGUCUGAAACAUAGUUUCAGUACUUUUUCCUAAGCAGCCAACCAUCGCAAGAUGUGUAGGCUCUUAAAGAACGAAAUAAAUUCAAUUGUCUUUCAAGUUUUAGGCUACUUAUGAAUUUGGAUGUUUACCGUUAGUCCGAGCUGGGUGAAUCGAGUCUGCAUUUAAUAAAUUAUAAACUCUAACUGCCAAGUUUUGCCCACUGCUGAUUAAAAGGUAGUCUAAUGCUCUCUGAGGUCUGCCUAGUGUCCAAGUCUUGUGGCUUUGGACUAAGAAACGAACUAAUAAGCUUCUGCCUUUGGGAGGUGACAUAAGGAUCCAAGAGAAUAAAUAUUAUCUAUAUUUGGAAGUUUUGCACCCUAUGCAUUGACAUGGAAUUUUGGAAAUAAAUGUGCUUCAUCAAAAGACAACAAUUGAAGAUGUCUUUAAUUUCUGUCAAAAUCUUGAACAAAUAGACCUUGAAGGGUUGUACUGCAUAAAUAUUUGUUUCAUCUCUGAUGCUAGGGCUAGGGUUUACCUCAUAUACCAAAGUUUCCUGGACUUGCACCUAGCCAUGCCAUUUGGUUGGGGCAGACCAUUUUUAGAAUGGGCCCUGGUAGAUGAAAUAUCGCUUCACUGGUUUGGAAGUGAACUGAGGUCUAGUCGACACCUGAACAAGAUGCAUUUGUAUUGCAAGCAGAGGAGUGUUUUUUCACUUCAAAUAACCAUGGAAAAAAGUUGCGUGUGGUUUUUUGGAAGAUGAAUAUAGCCAUUUAUUGCAUGGCAAGAGGGUCGUUCUGCGAUCACUGAUGAAGCAAUAGAGUAUUCCUUGUCUGUAUAUGUUUGACGAGUUCUUGAAUAUUGAGAGCUUUGUGAAAAGGAUUUAAGAUAAUUUUAAGGUCCUUUUCUUAAUCAUCCUUUCUCUGGAAGACUUUAGAAGAAAGGUGAAGUUUUUUGUAAUCUUGCUAGGGUGAAUAGUAAUAUUUUUCAUGUAGAUAAAUUUUCAAAAUGACUAACAUAUUUCCCUAAUAUGGUGUUUAUAAAGCUUCUCUCCAUUCUAUACAUUUAGCAGCUAAGUCAUUGAAGUUUGGCUGAUAAAUUACUUUUAAGGUCCUUUCUUAACAUAUGAUCUAUGUGUGUCCAGUAUUAGAUAUACAUAUGUUCGUGGCUUUUGUUUUCUUUGUAAAUCCAAAUCAUGGGAUUUUGAUGGAAACAAACUCUGGAUGCCUAAUGA